UCAGCCGAAUUGCGACAUGCAAAAGUUCCGUCAUCGGUCGUCGUCUCGGCGAAGGAAGGUGGGGGCGGGGCAGAGGGAUGGAUGAAUUUUGCGGAGGAUCCCCCUCCACGAGCGUCGAAAACAAAAAACAAAAACAGCCAUCUCUGCUAUUGCGAGCUCCAUCAUCAUCGCACGGCCACUUGUUCUGGCAUCGUCGCCAUUUAGCAGGAGGACCUGACAUCCCGCCCAAGCUUGACAAACAAUCAGUCACUCACUCAGUCGCUGACGCAUUGCCCCACGGGUCCCGCUUGCCGUAGCUUCAGCGGCGCGAAAACAUUUUAAUUGGACAAAGGCGUGCUGUGUGGGGGAAAGACGUCUCAUGAGCAACUGAAAUACCCCGGCCCUCUGGUUCCUCAUCCUCUGCUUGCUCUCUCCGCCUCUCCCCACCGGAUCAUGUCCGUCACUGUCGUUCUCGGCGCCCAAUGGGGCGACGAAGGAAAAGGAAAGCUCGCUGAUAUCCUCGCCCACGAAUCUCAGCUGUGCUGCCGCGCCCAGGGCGGCAACAAUGCAGGCCACACCAUCGUCGCCAACGGCAUCACCUACGAUUUCCACAUCCUGCCCUCCGGUCUCGUCAACCCCGGCUGCAUCAACGUGAUCGGAAGCGGCUGCGUCGUCCACGUCCCCUCCUUCUUCAAGGAGCUGGAGGAGUUGGACAAGAAGGGAUUGAACACACAAGGGAGGAUUUACAUCUCGGAUCGCGCACAUGUCGUCUUCGACGUUCACCAGCUCGUCGAUGGGCUGGAAGAAGUCGAGUUGGGUCGUGGUUCGAUAGGAACUACCAAGAAGGGAAUCGGCCCAGCUUAUAGCACCAAGAUGACUCGGAGCGGUCUGCGCAUGUGUGACCUCUUUGAUGAGGAAAUCUUCGAAACAAAGUUGAGGAGGGUCGCGGAUGGCUUCCAGAAACGAUUCGGAGACCUUCUCAAAUACAACGUAGAAGAUGAGAUAGCCAAGUUCAAGGAACUCCGACCCAAACUACAGGAAUAUGUCGUCGAUCAAGUUCCACUACUUGCAUCUGCCAAAGAGAAGAAUGCAAAGAUUCUCGUCGAAGGUGCCAACGCAAUCAUGUUGGACAUCGAUUAUGGCACCUAUCCCUUUGUUACAUCCUCGAAUACCGGGCUUGGGGGAGUACUGACAGGUCUGAGCCUGGGAUGGCGGUCUAUCAAGGAGGUCAUAGGUGUAGUCAAGGCAUACACGACACGAGUCGGCUCAGGCCCAUUCCCCACGGAACAGUUUGAGGAGAUAGGCGAGAAACUCCAGUCGGUGGGCCACGAAGUCGGCGUCACUACCGGACGUAAGCGACGCUGCGGUUGGCUGGACCUUGUCGUGGUCAAGCAUUCUCAUGCAUGCAACGACUACACUGCCAUCAACCUCACCAAACUCGAUGUUCUGGACGACUUCGACGAACUCAAAGUGGCAACGUCGUACUCGUACCAGGGUCAGAAACUCGAGGGAUUCCCUGCUAACCCAGAGGUGCUCGCAAAGGUUGAGGUUACCUACGAGACGUUGCCAGGAUGGAAGAAACCCACGACUGGCGCAAAGAGCUAUUACGACUUGCCCAGCCAGGCCAGGAAGUACAUUGAAUUCAUUGAGCAGUUCGUAGGGGUCAAGGUGAAGUGGAUCGGAGUCGGUCCAGCGCGCGACCACAUGGUCUCUAGAUGA